ACGUCAAUUACCGCGCGCGCCUCCCCCUUUAAACCCUCUUCUCUCUCCGCCCCUGUAAUAAUAUUCAUUGCUCCUCCAAUGUGCUUUAUCUAUCUAGCUUCGUCUUCGUUUUCUAAGCCCCCAAAUUAAGGGUCUCUCUCUCUCUCUCUCUCUCUCUCUCUCUCUCUCUCUCUCUCAUGCAUAUCUGUUGCAGAUAGAGAUAAAACAAUAGUAGAUAGUUAUUGGGAAGAAUGAAGGAGAAUAAAAAUAGUGAUAAUAAUAACAGUGGCAUUAGGAAGCAGAGCGUAGCGGCGUCGCCAUGCGCGGCUUGCAAGCUUCUGAGGAGGAGGUGCUCCGAGGACUGUGUGUUCGCUCCUUACUUCCCCGCCGAAGAGCCUCACAAGUUCGCCAACGUCCACAGAGUCUUCGGUGCGAGCAACGUAAACAAGAUGCUUCAGGAGUUGCCGGAGCACCAACGAGGAGACGCGGUGAGCAGCAUGGUGUACGAAGCCAACGCCAGGGUGCGCGACCCCGUUUACGGCUGCGUCGGCGCCAUUUCCUCUCUCCAGCACCAGAUCGACGUUCUUCAGGCCCAGUUGGCCCUGACCCAGGCCGAGGUGGUCCACCUAAGGCUGCGACAGGCCCAGCCUAUGAUCAACACCACCAGCCCAAGCAGUAGUGGGUCGCCCAAGCCGAAAGACCAUACAUUCUUUGACAUGGACCAGGCCAGCUUGGGGGAAUCCAUUUGGCCAUAGCUUAGCUUCUCUCUCUCUCUCUCUCUCUCUCUAUAUAUAUAUAUAUAUAUAUAAUUGUGUGUGUUGUGCCUCCCCUUAUAAUUAUAUAUAUGUGCUUACGUUAUCAUAUUGUUCAGCACUAGUGAUGGAGGCCAGGCCAUUAACCUACUUCAGUUCUAUUGUCAAGGAGUAACUAUACUGUAAAUGUACCUCAACUUUGUAUGAGCAUUAUUAUACAUAUAGAUAUAUAUUAGAUUGUGUUCAAUAUUUUUUGUGUUUACCUUUUUUACGGAUCUGACCUAUUCGUCCAUUGAUACUUUCUUUGUUUGCUAAGUUCCAUGAUGACCCUUUAUAAGAACUACCGAAAACUCGUAAAAUUCAAACUUUUAAGUACCAAAAUUUACCUAGGCACUUAAUGACGGCUGGGUGGUUGUCACGCAAGGUUACACAACAAGUGCUCAAUUCAAGUGAAUGGAUAGAAUUAAGGAUGAAAAAUAUAACACAAUCAGUAUUAAUUGGGCUCCGAACAAAAGCAUUUGAUACAACUAAACCCAAUUUUACACAUAACCAGUCCACAACCCAAUUUCCCACAAGUCUGUUCCCUCAGGCCCUUCAUCUGCCACUGAGAACGGAAGAAAUAACCAAAACAGGGAGAAAACUGAAAAGAACAGCAACGAGAGGCGUUCAGUUAGACAGUCUUGUCAAUUAGCUCGCCGUUGACCAGCUCUCUGUAGGCGGCCACGGGCCAGCUAAAUCCCCGGAAAACGAGACUGGAAGCCAGAGGCACGUCGAUGAUGAUCUCCUUCUGGGUCGGCUUCUUCUCGUCUCUGAUAGCUAUCAGGUAGCUCCGCCCGACCCACCCGAUCCAGCCAGCGAUGUAGAGGAACAGGAGCCCGGGCGUGAUGAACUCGCCCCAGUGCCUCUGGUCGCCGCUCACGAUGAGGUGCGGCAGCCCGUCGGAGCCGCAGAGCAGCCCCUGCUUGCCGUAGUUGUCGAACCGCCGCUUCGUCUUCUCCAUCGUCGCCUUUAUCGCCAGUGCCGGCGCGCUGUCCGGCGCGUAUAGCUUCAGCGACGACUCCAGCUUCUUCAGCGACUGCUUCUCGCGCUUCGCGAACUGCUUCGACUCCUUGCAGGGGGUCAGCCCGGCGAUGUCCGCCGACGCUGGGGGAGCCGCAGGUCCCACCGCCGCCGACAGCAGGAUGGAGGACAGGGCCACGGCGGCGGAGAAUCCUUUCAGCUUGUCGCCGGAAUCCGGCGACACCUCCUGGUUUGGAGCAGCCGAGCAGACCAAGAACUUAGACCUGGGCUUGCUGCUGCUUAAUCCUUGAACCGGCUUUGCGAGGGGAUUGGAGAGGUUUGUGGGGAUUGU